GUGAAAGGAAGAGAGGGAGGGACCCGUCUAGGUAAAGAGAGAGGAGGAGAAAGCUAACAGAAACCAAAGAUGACUGUGUGAAACGAAAUGGAUUCAACCAAGCCCAGCCUUUCCUCAAAAGCACCGCAUGUAAACAAUGGUGGAGGAAAUGAGUCACCAAUGGAAGAAGGAUCAGUGCCAUGGCGAGACAGUGUGGACGGGGAGAGGCGGAGAGACAGUGAAAGCAAAGAGACGGAUGUUGUUGAUGGUACAACAGCAGCUGCAGACAUAAAUCAUCACCACAAGGGGUCAGCAGACAAACAGAAGUUCAACACGGGCUAUCAGAGGCGGACCAAGCAGAAGGUGGUGACUGACUUUACAACGGUGAGUAAAGGAACAUCUGCAGGGGCCAAACCCAGAGCAGCACUGAGACAGGUCCUGUUCAACCAGGGAGUGUCUGACAAGAACCCAACGUCUGAGGAGCGAGGUCAGCUGGAUGUGUUAAAGCAGGAGCUGGAGGCCUAUGCCGUACCAGACAGUCUAAAGUGGAGAUGGAUGGAGGAAAGUCAAGGAACAACACUCGAGAAGAGCUGGACAGAAAUUGUGCACUGUCAUACAACCAUGUCUAAGGUGCAGAGACACCAGCAGGAGGCACUGUGGGAGUUUGUCUACACUGAACUCAUGUACAUCAACAAGCUAAUUAUCAUCAAAGACUUGGUUAUUGCAGCUCUUGUCAACCUACAACAGCGUGGAUUUCUCCUAGAGGUGUCCCCUGAGCUGCUUUUCUCCAACCUCCCAUCCAUCCUCAGUGCACACCAGCUGUUCUGGCAAGAAGUGAUUUAUCCCAUGUUACAAGAAGUCCGGAGGACAGGCAAGCCAUUUGACCCCAUGAGGUUAGAGGCUGGUUGCCUGCAGUUCCAUGAGCGUUUCUCUGCCUAUCAGUAUUACUGCUGGGAGGAAGAAAACAAUCUUGAGUUCACACGCAGGCAGAUGGAGAGCAACCCACAUUUCCUCACUUUCAUUCAGUGGGUGGAGACUCAUCCUCAGUGUGAGCGGAUGCGGCUUGGGGACAUGCAGGCCAAACCCCAUCAGAGGAUCACAAAGUAUCCGCUGCUGCUUAAAGCUGUGCUCAAAACCACCCAGGACCCUCAUGUGCAGCACAUACUCAGAGGCGUGUUGUCCAGUGUAAACAGUUUCUUGAAUAGUAUCAAUGACUAUUUGAAGCUAAAAGAUGAGGAACUUGCUCUCACCAUCUCUGCUCAGAGGGUGGAGGGAUAUGAAGUGGAGGGAAUAAAUGAAGAAAUUGACAAGUAUCUUCGCGAGAUCUGUCAGUUUGACCUAACACUGCCCAUCAGAGGAGUGGGCCCUGAUGUCGUACGUAAGCUGCUGUUGGAGGAGAACUUGAAGAUUCGGGACAGGAAAGACAGCAAGCUGGAGAUGGUGGCUCUACUUUUCUCAGAUGUGCUUUUAAUGACCAAAGUCCAGAAGAAAGGAGAGAGGCUGAAAGUGGUUCGACCUCCUCUGGCCUUAGACAAAACUUCUUGCAUAGCACUGAAAGAUGGCUGUUCAUUUGUUCUCGUGGAGGUAGGCGAACUUCAGAGUGCUAUGAAUGUCUACAUAUUUUCAGCCAGCACCUCAGAGAGCUGCUCCACGUGGGUCUCCACCAUCCACCAGGCAAAGGAAACACUGAUGGACUUGAGAAAGGCAGAGAGCAACAGACAACUGGAAAAUUGGAAAAUCCAGCUGGAGACUAAACCUAUUAAAGAAGCCAAAACAGAUAUGGAGACAGAAGAACAAACUCUCCCACAAUCAAGAGGGGAACAUUUUGUAGAUGAACUUAUUAUCCCCCAAACAAUAAAUGGGACUUUGGCAUAUAAAGAAGCAGAGGGACAGUAUCAACCUGCAGAUGAUGUGGCCUCUAACAACACUGAAUUACCUUUUUGGCAGUCUCAACCCAGCAACAGUCAUCGUAAAUCAGUGCGUAAGAGCUUUGCUGGUCAGCAACAAGCAGUCAAAGGAUAUGAAUGGAUAGAAAUGGGAGUGAGAGGAGAUCAAGACACCGACCACACAGAGGAAGAAGAGAAAGUAGUUGAGUCUCAGAUGAUGAGGGACCGGACGGUGACCUUUAACCACAGGGCACACUCUGCCCCUAAUCUGGACAUUUUCAUUUCUACUGCUUCUGCAGAUCCAUCAAGAUACAAUCCAACUGGGCCACACAUGCUUUUGCUAGGUGGAUUACCAGACGUUGACUACCCAACAGAUGAAGAUAGCACUUUACAACUCCCUUAUGAACCAACCAUAUCCAGGGAGGGGCCUGAGUUGCAAACGCUACCAGGAGAAAGAGGAACAUCAACAAGGAGAGACUCCCGAACUGUGAACCAGGACAUCGAGAGAAAUACCAGCAACAGUCAGUCUGGAGACAUGGAGACAUCCUUAGAGGCUUGGGGGUUCUCAAAAAAUUUGAGGUCACCCGGGUUACGGAGGAGGAGGCCAGUUAGCAUCCAUCAGGGCCCCUCAGUUCAGACAUCCAAACAGUUCUCCCAGGGCUCAGGAGAGACUUGGACUGCUUCAAAUAACUCUUCCUCCAACUCUAACUCAGACUACAGCCUAAACAGCAAGAGAAAUUCUGUUCCUUCUGGCCAAAGCUCAGAUUCACAUCGGGUGCUCAAGCUGGGCUCCCUGAAGCCGAACCAAGGCAUGUUUUGGCACAUACAAGAUAGAGUCUCUCCAGAUCCCCAGACACUGUCUGAGCCUGAAUUGCCUGAUGUGAACCUCAGUAAUAAAAUGCCCAAAAUGAAAACCCAAAGGAGUGCUUCCACUCCUAAUAUUAUCUUUAAUGGAGGGCAGGAACUUCGUCCGCACUCCAGUAGCCUGUACACUUUACCCCAAGAACAAGAUACACCUUUUCCCAACGGACAACCCUCACCUCUGGAGGGCCUUUUGGAAAGAGCCAAAGAGAGAGUAAGGGAGCGAGAUGGAUUAAAGAGAGAGCGAAACAUGAAAAUGACUAAUCUCCGGUCAAGAUAUCCAACACCUUCCCCCUCCUUUUCCACCACACCUUCACCACCGCCCAGUGAUGGAGAUAGAGACACAGAGUGGGAGGAGGAGGUGAGGCUGGUGAGACACAGAGCACUCACAGUGGGUAAAGGAUGGAAAGAGCAGCUUGUAGACGGAGAUGAAGACGAUAACAUUAACAGUGUUGUUUCUACAGAAGGUGUAAAUGUGGACUGGGCGGGCUGGUGUGUUGAUGAUGAUGAAGUCCUGGAUCAUUUAAACCCUGGAAAUGAAGGGCUUCUGGAGGGCAUCAGGCGAUCUUUGUCCUUUUGGGAUUUUCAUGGGUUUUCAGAGCAAGAGGACGGGGAGUGCAGUCAGGUGUAGCUCUGAAGCUGCACUAUACACUGAAGUGAGCCAAAACUAGACCUCUAGUUGACAAUCCGAGAUCACAGAUGGACGUCUACGAAUGUGUAUUUCAGAGGGACAGACUGACAAGGACAGGCCUUUUAUGAAAAUCAGAAAAAACAGACAUUACUGGAUGUGACAUAUCAGCAGACUUCUAGUUUGCCGUUAACACAGCUCAUCACUCUAAAUUCAUGAUCACUGAAAGAUUCUAUCAUUAAUGUAGAAUAAUGUAAUAUAUUUUUUAAAAUAAUGCAUAUAUAAAUUGUCAGUGUUGUAUUUCAUAUAAUGAUUUUUUUUUUAAAUAAAUGACUGCAUAUUUAAUUUAUAUCAGUAACAACUUUCCUCUCACUGGGGAGCUUCAGAAUGUAAAUACCGUAAUAAAUAAAGCCAGAUUUAUUUCUGUUAAAGCCA